UAUAGCGAUACAUUUCCCUCCAAGUCAGAUAAAGCCGCAGCAAUGCCCAAAUUCUUCUGCGACUACUGCGAUGUCUACCUUACACACGACUCCAUGAGCGUCCGCAAAGCGCACAAUGCCGGCCGGAACCACUUGCGCAAUGUCCAGUCAUACUAUGAGCAGAUCUCGAGCGAACAAACACAACUGGUCAUCAAUUCGAUAACGGAUGCGUACAGUGCGGAGGGCCAGGCGAAUCCUCUGGCGCAGCCGCUUCCCGGGAUGGGCGGGUUUGGGCCGCCGGUGCCUGGGUUUCCCCCGCCGUUUCCCCCGCCAGGAAUGCCCGGUAUGCCCCCGCCUCCUUUCAUGCAAGCCGGGCGCGGAGGACCGAUCCCCAACAUGCCACCAAACAUGCCUCCCUUCCCGCCACCACCCAACAUGCCCGGAGGACCCCCAGCACCAGGCGGGCCCGUGCCGCCGAACAUGCCAUUCCCACCGCCCAAUAUGCCGUUCCCUCCGCCAAAUAUGCCAGGUGCGCCUCCAUUCCCUCCGGUUCCGGUACCAGCUGGAUCGCCUCCUGGCAAUAUGCCGUUUCCUCCUCCCGGAGCGAUGCCGCCGGGUCCGCCUGGGCGCGGGUUUCCACCAUUUCCACCGCAGGGUGGCCCACCUGGGCGACCUUGAAGUGCUGCGGCUUGCAGGUGCGGAUCGAUUUUAAACUGCAGCAGGUCAAUGGCGGAUUGUGUCAGGCGUCAUGCCUUAUCCGCCUUCUCAAGCACAUGCCAGCUCCCAGAGGGCUUGACCAGCUGGUUGAUCUGAAUGGCAAACAGGUAGACUGUGCCAUAAGUCAGGCCUUGCUUGCAGAAGGCUUAGUUUCCGAGGGAAGCACAUGGAUCUCUAUCGUAUCGGCGUUAAUCUGAGAGAGAUGGUCAUUUGGCGUUUGCAUCACUGGCGUUGAAGGGGUAUUGCCCGUUAUGGGCAUUUUGGUAGAUACCAUGACGGCAGUCAAUAAAUUUCUUUCUUUCCAUGCUGAUGCGAAAUCCAGUUCAUAUGUAC